GCUCUGGUUGCUUUCAAAUCGACAUGGCUAGCGUACAUCUUGGAGAGGAAUUGCAACAGGGUGCUAGUGUUGUGGUAGAGACCAAGUUUGGAUCCAUCCAAGGGGGACGAGCGGCCAAUGGGGCUGCGGUAUUCCUUGAGGUACCCUAUGCUUUACCUCCUAUUCGUUUCGAAGACCCAAAACCGCUUCCACCGGAUUAUCAAUAUGAGAAUAUAAAGUACAUCAAGGAAUCUAAACACGCGGUGCAACCACACAACGACGGCCAAGCUGCAGGCACACUUUACAUUGACAGAGUUGGUCUGGGAGACCCGUCAGAAAAUCCCUUAUUUGUGAAUAUUGUCUCUCCCCCUUCUUUCACUCCAGGUGCGAAACUUCCAGUAAAGGUUUAUAUCCAUGGAGGAUUUCUUCAAUUUGGUUCCCCCCACGGACUAAGCAACCAAGCACAAUAUGUGUCUGCUGCUCGCAACGAGGUCUGGGUCAACAUUGGUUAUCGCCUUUCCGUCUUCGGCUUCCUUGCAUGCGAUGAGCCCAAGGUCGAUGGUAACUUCGGGUUCAAGGACCAGUGGCUUGCGUUGCAGUGGGUGCAGGAGCAUAUUGCUUCUUUUGGAGGUGAUCCCGAGAAUGUACAAGUUUCGGGCCUCUCUGCUGGUGCUCAUUCUGUUCAUCAAAUUCUUCAUCAUGCAUCGCGUCUACCUCCAGGACAAAAUGCGCCAUUCCGCUCUGCGCAAUUACAAUCAAAUGCGUUGUUAACUAAUCCGAAGGCACUUACAGAACUGCGCCCCCAGUUCUAUGCUCUUUGUCGCGCCCUCGACCUAGAUCCUACAUCACCCGACAUCCUCACAACUCUCCGAGACCCCUCCAAAGUCCCAGCGUCCGCUUUGGUUCAUGUUAUUGAAACAGAUGCGGUAGGCGUCGAGAACGGUACCUUCCGUGGGUGCCUUGACGGCGAGUGGCUCGCUACCACUCCCGACCCCAUGACAUGGCAGAGAACUGGUGAACUUGCUCUUCGCCUCCGCGAAAAGGGUGUCAAAUCCAUUGCUAUAGGCGACCUCACCGAAGAAUGGUAUCUCUACGCCAUCGCACAUCCCAUUCACGGUCCGCAAGACAUAUUUCCGAACGUCCUUAGAUAUUACCCCACACCUAUCGUCGAGAAGCUCGUGAAGAAGUACAGGACCCUUCCUGCUUCAGCGAGCGCGGAUGAAUCGGAGAGGUUGAUUGGGGAGAUGUUGAGUGACGGACAGGUGCACUUGCCUGUGAGGAUGUUUGUGAGAGAUUUCCAGAAAGUUGGGUUCCCUGUGUUCCGUUAUGAGAUUCAAUGGACCCCAGAGCAAAUCCGCCCAAAAGGGUAUGUGACUCACGCAACCGAUCGGCCAUUCUGGGCCCUGCGUGUUCCAACCAUGACUUCGUCUCAGACCGAAGUGGCGAAAGCUUGGCUUGAUGCCGUAGACCAAGAAAUAGCCAUCUUGGAGAAGGAAGGGAAACCAACGAGGGGUCUCAACGAAGCUUUGACAUUGAAAACAGAUCAAACCAUCGCCUGGGCAGAGGAUAAAAGGUUUGAUAGCUUGAUGGAGGUUGCGAAAAUUUUACCUGGAGAAUCUUGAGCCUUGCGUGCCCCCAGUAUUUGGGCACGCGAUCUAACAUUGCACAUUUCAUAUUUGCAUAAAUAUUUUUGUACCUUCUACAACCACAAAAGAAACGAAUUGCUGCCAAAGCACCAACAGAAAACCUGAAACCACGAAGAAGUUGAAGAUAUUUGACCUUUUGUGAACGAGCAAAACGUACUGCUACUUAAAUAAUAUAUAAAAUAGCUAUGCUCGAAUCGGCAUCCAUAAACAUCAAGCGAUCGUCGCAGCACAUGGAAAGUUACCGAGAACAUUAAAGAGGACCCAAAGCAUUAAAAAGCAACCAGACGACGGUUCGCGAUAGUAUGAAAGAUGUAAAGCUAGCAGCAGAAAAUGCAGAAAAAAUAGCAUACACAUGCAAGUAACCGCUCGUCAAGACAAGUUAGUUGAUGCAGACUGUUCGGCGAUACAAGAAAGAGCAAGGUUGCGCAGCGAAGAAUCGUGUGUCAUGAAACUGAGGAAAUCGAGGGGAAAAUAGAUAAUAAGAAAAUCGAUGAACUGGGAAUGGGGGGUAUUGCGCCUUUCUAA